UCCGUAAAAAAGCACAGGAAAUUCAAAAAUUCAACGACUGUCCCCACAUACUGUCUCGUGGAGGGUACGACGUGCUUGAAAAAAAAUUGAUGGCUGAGAAAACAAAGUCAAGAGUGAAUCAAGGUGACGGUACUGACAAUACAGAUGUGGUCGUCGACCCUCCAUCCCCUAUUGCAAGACAUGUGAAGUGGAAGAAGGCUAGAACUAACAAAUUUGGGCAAAUGACAUCUGCUGCAGCUCAAGAAAUCGCAGACAAAAUUGAUGAUUUGCAUGAACAAUCAACACAGGGAACUUUUGUCCCGCAUGGUCGUCAAGACAUUCUGAACACUGCCAUUGGCCGUCCAGAGCACCCAGGUCGGGUUCGUGUUGCUGGACAUGGUGUCACUAUAGGUAAUUACUAUGGAUCGCGUGGUAGUGGCUCCAACACUUCUUCGGCAACGAUGAGUGCAGAUAAAUUGGUGGAAAUCAUAGGAAGUAUAAAGCAAGAGUUGAGGAAAGAGGUAGAAGACGAAAACAAACGGACUAUCGACUUAUUGCAGAAGCAGUUGGAUGCGAUCAAGAGUGAGUUAUCACAAAUUCAAACGCAACAAUCAGCUCCUUUUAGACCGUCUAUCCCUGAUGUAUUGGUUGCACGUGUCAGCACCAAAGAAAGCUGUGCGGAGGCUGCUGCAAAUGUUGUUGCUAAGGAGCGGUCUACACUUGAUGCUUCUAUUGUGGGGUUAUACAUUGUGUGUGGCGAUAGUACACAGGUGGUGGCUGCGGGAAAAAUGUAUGGAGUUGGUGGCAUUAUACAUAAUGUUGCUUACACAGAUGAUGUAGUAAGGGUUUGUGUUGAGACAAUUUAUGAUGGUGACGCCAGUGUCCCGUUUCCAACUUCAGAGAUUCAGUAUGUCAGGGACGCGAGUAGCACAUUCAUUGCAUGGCCCAGACAUCUAGUGAAGCCUAUAACUGAUGAUUCAAAUCAUAAUGCGCGUUUUCCAGUUGGACGUCUUGGUGAGGCUGAGGUUGCAGCUGAAGCUGAUCCGUUGGGCGAAUUGAUGAAGACAUUAUUUUACGUGUACAAGACUCCAGUGGAAGUGCCGUGGGAGGCAACACAAUUUGGACUUCCUGAUGUUGGGGCAAAAUUUUUCAUCACACAUGCUGAUCUAGCGGAAAUAAUAUCAGGUGACAAGUGUUUGAACAUAUCUAUCCUGCAGCUGUGGACCAUUUUUAUGAAUAACUGUGGUAGAAGCAAAGUUGAUCAGUCACUGUAUGGUCUGUUGGAGCCUCAAUCUAUACACAAUGCUAAGGACAGACGUGAACAAUGCCAACAAUACAUUCAAACAUGGGUCAAGGAAUCACAAAGGCAGUUGUACUUAGGAGCUUACUUGCAUCAGUAAGUUGAACUGUUCUUGUAAUUAAAGUCGUUUUUUUUGCUUGAAUAAAAACCUAAUUGUAAUUGUCAACUUCAGGGCACAUUG